CAGCAACGCUCGAGCAAUAAAGUCGUAUUUGUCGCAGUACGAUUUUCGUGUAAAACGGGGUUCGAUCAUGCCGAAAGUGCGGGAGUGUCGUAUUAUAGUAUCGCGUAUACAAGUGCGGAAUUAUCUUUUAACAAAAGUGCGAGAGUGCCGUUUAAAGUAUCGCGCGUGUGAAUCAACCUGAGAGGAGGAGGAGGCCUAGGAGAGGCAUCUUGCACCGGCGGAGCAACCCAAGGGAAUAGAAGCGGUGUUUUUCGAAAAUGGAUGUAAUCUUGGCCCGCGGACUGAGAUUCAGUUGCGAUUUAGGAAAUGCUUCGUUAUUAACGAAAUAUCUUCCGUUGUCCGCAUGUUAUACUUGUCAUGUCAAUACAACACGUUGGAAGUCAACAUUUCUUGAAAGGCAUCAUCAUUACAGGACUGCGUCAUAUAAUUCUUUAGGCCUCGUAAAUAAUGUACUUGUGUAUCAGAAAUCAUUGAGGCAGGACGUGAAUAAAAAUGGUUUCACUUUGGCAUAUUAUUCGGAUAUUAAGCAAAGUUCCGAAAAUGACUGCCAAAAAUCUCAGACGAAACAGAAAAUAUCAGUAUUCCAAAAAAUGAAACAAAUGACCAAAGAUUAUUGGCAUAUAUUAAUACCUGUACACAUAAUUACUUCUUUAGGAUGGGUAGCUAUAUUCUACAUUGCCAUUAGGAAUGGUAUGGAUAUAGCACAGUUGUUGCAAUCUAUGAGUUUUAGUGAAAAAUAUAUAGAAUUAGUACGUAAUUCGAGUGCUGGCAACUGGGCAAUUACUUAUGCACUUUAUAAAAUAUUUACUCCACUGAGAUACACUGUUACAGUUGGAGGAACAACAAUGGCUAUUAGAUAUCUCAGCAAGUUAGGCUACGUAAAGGCACCAUCAUUCAAUCGUCAAACAGCAGAGCCUGCGCGCAAAACUAUAAGUAGGUCACCGAUUAAUGUCAAAUAUAUUGUGCUGAUCUCUGUUGCUUUUGUUCUGUGCGAAGUAUUCUUGUCGCGUGAAUAAUGUUAUAGAUCGCUCACGUUUCCAUCGGUGGGAAAAUGUUCUCUCCGUAAUUGUCUUUAAUCGUGUUGUAGCCGAUACAGUCAAACAAAUGUGCAGCAGAACACAAGACAAAAUUCAAGGCAGAGUGUAAAACGGACCGACACACGGAACCGCCAAAACCAUAAAUAUUUCGUCUGCACUAUGUCGGAUUUAUGAAUUGAGCUCGGUAUAGCUUGGGUAUUAUUUCUGCCGCGCGCGAUAUUGAUGUAUACUUCUCUUUGUAAAUGUAACUAUAUCACGAUAAAUUAUCUCUUGCAUUAA